AUCCCUAAGCACGUAGGUUUCCGUCUAGGUAGGUGAAAACAUGUGUGAUAUUAGCUUAGUGUACGUACAAUUCUAUAACUCGGUGGGUCGCAGGUGUAUCCGACCCACUCUUGAAGAGCUGGAGAAUUCUGGUACUCCGGACUUCACUAUAUACAAUGCUGGCCAGUUCUCGUGUAAUCGUUGCACCCACUACAUGACAUCCUCUACUAGCAUAGACCUUAAUCUUGCUAGGAGGGAAAUGGUCAUCCUCGGCACCAUGUACACUGGGGAAAUGAAGAAAGGCCUUUUCAGUGUCAUGCAUUAUCUCAUGCCUAAGCGACAAAUCCUAUCCCUACAUUCUGGCUGCAAUAUGGGGAAAGAUGGAGAUGUUGCCCUUUUCUUUGGAUUGUCAGGUACUGGAAAGACGACUCUGUCUACAGAGCACAAUAGGUACUUGAUUGGAGAUGAUGAACACUGCUGAACUGAGAACGGUGUGUCAAAUAUCGAAGGUGGUUGAUACGCCAAAUGCAUUGACCUGUCAAGGGAGAAAGAGCCUGAUAUUUGGAACGCCA